UUGUAACAGUUCGGUAACACUUUAUUUGCGAUACACGCAUCAUCUCGGAGGGAAGCAGCCGUGCUGUUUGCUCAAAGGUGAGGGCAGAUAUCUUUUCAGAUAAAGAAUAUGUUUGGCACAGUUGUCGUUGGGGUUGGAAUAGCUGGACGUGUGAGAAUACGAGAUCUUGUCAAUCCACUUCCGUCCACUGCCUCUGAGAAAAUGAUCCCUAAAGGCUUUGUUUCCAGGAGAACUCUAGAAGAUCAGCAAGGACUGAAGCAGAUAUCCCUUGAUGACGCUCUGGCAAGAGAAGAUAUUCAUGCAGCAAUCAUCUGCACAGAAAACAGCUACCAUGAAGACUGCAUCAGAAAGUUUUUAGAAGCUGGAAAGCACGUAUGUGUUGAGUACCCCAUGGCGUUGUCCUUGGAUGUUGCCCAUGAUCUUUGGGACCUUGCUGAUGAGAAAGGGAAGGUUCUGCAUGUAGAGCACAUAGAGCUAUUGACAGCAGAUUAUAAACAGCUAAAGAAGGAUAUUCAAGGCAAGGAACUCAUAAAUGGAACAUUACAUUUUACAGGUGGCCCCCUUCCUCCAUCUUUCAGAUUCAUCUCCUUCAGUGGAAUAGCAAGGCUGACAUGGCUUGUGGAUCUUUUCGGAGAGCUGACCUUAACAUCAGCACACCUAGUAGAAGAAAAAGACAAGAACUAUAUUAAGUUAAAUGCAAGCUUUCAUACCACAGAAAACCAGCCACUUACUUGGAUUGAGGAGAGAGGUCCAGGGUUAAGCAGAUGCAAAAACAUAAACUUCCAUUUUACCUCGGACACUAUGACAUGCUUACCUGAUGCCCCCCGUGAGUUUGUCGGUGUUUUUAUGCAGGACUUCAUCAUCUUCAGCCAGAAGCUUCAAGGUCAAGUCCGCCAAGAAGCGUUGCAGGGAGAGAAGAGACGAAUCCUACACUGCUUAGAGCUGGCAGAAAAGAUCCAACAACUGUGCGAAAAGACAACUGGCAGUCGUAUGUGAUUACAAACAUCACCAUAGCUAGUCAUCUAGGAAAAGGUGCACAAAUACUGGCGUCUUGUGUAAGCACAACAGGCGUGUUGUCAUAAAUAAGGAGUUAACCACGUUGUAAUGGCAAGUAGCUAAGUUUAAAAGCCAUAAGUAAUAUAAUUCUGUGCAAUUGUUGCACUUUAUUCAGAAUGGAAGACAAUUAAACAGUAUAUGUGAAACACUAUAUAAGAAAAUGAGAGUUACAUAUUAAAUGUUAUGGGAAGGGUUGCAGGGUAGUGUGAUCUAUUAAGAUUAUUAAUAUAUAUUAAUUAAGGUAUCUUUUAUUAAAGGGAAUUGCAAAUACAAUAAGAUUUCUUUAAAUGUAAGUAAUUAAUUAUUAUUAGCAUCCGUCUUCCAAGAAAUGCACAAUAUUUUAAUUGUUCAACCCCACAGAUCUUUCGAAUCGGUUCUGAAUCUGCCUUUUGUGGGACCUGGUCCUGCGCUGUGCUAACCUAAAUGAAGGCGUUCACAUUGCCUCUGGGAAAUGCUGUGUGCAGUGGCUGGCACUGGUCCUUCACCACUCAUAUGCUGUGUGCUUGUGUGACUGUAAGUGUGAGUAGACACUCCUUCUGAUUGGAUUUCAUUCAUUUAAUUAAGGCCUAAUGCUUUCAACACCCUUAAGAAUGUUUUGUUUAAAGUUUAGGCUCAGAAAAUGAAUGGGCUUUGCCCAGGACUCUCAUUUAAGAUCAUACAUGGUCCUAUGCUGCAGUCACUAGACUUCCUCAGCUUCACCAAUAGGACUGAUCUUCUCGUACAGUUAAUGAAGAAAAAAUAACUGAGAUAUCAUUAGCAGCAACAAUAGUGAGUCAAUGGUGAGGGGGAAUAAAUGUCAUUAGAUGAGAUCACAAAACAAGCCUCAAGUAAAAGCAGCUCACUUUACUUAACACAUUUUACACUAAAGAUAAACAAUGGAAGUCUUGAGGAAUCUGAGAGGACGUCAUGACUGAAGUAUGAUACCUUGCAUUCACAGACACCACUCCUCAUACGUACUUUAGCUAUGCUAAAUGUGAUUUUCUUUUAUCCCACAUCUGGCUGGAAGUUCUACUUGAGAGGUGUAUGCACAUUUCAUAAAUACAACUUAAAAACUGUCUUUCAGAUUUCUGAAGAGUGGCAGUGUUGCAUGUUGGUUGAACAUUUUAGAGUACACCAUACACAACAGUAUUACUACUUUUACUACAAAAAAUCUUACUAAACAAAAAAAACAGCUUUAUUUAAUGGUGGCCAAGGUAUAGCAUGUGUGCAGAAUGCUUGACAGAGCAGAUUAAGGUAAUUUAACUUGAAAACUCUUACAUAAAAUUGCAAGAAAAAUGAAACUGCUUAUAAUUUUAAAUAAAGGAAAGUUUCUGUAGAAUCUAUGACCAUGUGAUGAAAAAAAUAAGCUCUAGAAUAUGAGUUUUGUUUCCUUGUCAAAUCAAAUAUUUUGUACUUACCAAAUUCAAAUGACGAGUGUGUUUAAUAUUAAAACCCCACUACUGUUCUUGUCCUGUUUUGGGAAAUUUAGAUUACUGGUUGCUAAGCCUGAGACUGUAGUUUUUGUACCAUUAUAUGUACAGAUCACUCCAUGUUCUGAUACCACUUUAAAUUCAUAUACGUAGUGAUCAUAAUGUGCAUGUCUCAGUCAUACUGAUUCUGAAGAGGGCGAUAUAAUAAUAACAAUUAGAACUUUUUGCCUGUACUAACUUACAUGUAUCAUGCUGGAGUUUUGAUUCCUCUUUUGCCAAAACAUCUGGCGCUGUAGUGUUUGUGUCAAGAUUGCAAUAUAGAAAAUAAA